UAUCACACUCUUGAUGAAUCCUGGAGAGAUAUACAGCAAAACCAAAACUAUGGAUAUGAUGACACCCUUGUUGAAUGGAGUGGCUGGUAUCGUCUGUAUUUGAAUGGAGAAAGUGCCCAGAUGUCUGAGUGGUGUAUGAGUUAUAUGGGAUGUGGUGGUCAAACUGGACUGCAUCUCAGCGGUUCUCAUCCAACACUUGAGGAUGGAGUGGUGACCCGAGAAGUCCUGGGAACUUUGGCUCAGAGGUGGUGGUGGGAGUAUUCCCGUCAGUGUGGCGACUACAGAUCCACGUCCAUCCAAGUCAAAGCCUGUCCUGGAGAUUAUUACGUCUAUGAAUUUGUCAAACCCAUCAUAUCAGCUCCAAGGCCUAUGUACUGUGCAGUUGCUUUCCAAAGCAUCAGCAGUGAUCCCUGCUACAACUAUGAGUCUCUGGAUCGUCCCUGGAGAGCCAACAAUGAAAGUGGAGUUUACGUUUGUGAUAACUCUUUCUCCUGGAAUGGCUGGUAUCGGCUUUUUCACUAUGGAAUGAACAUCCGGAUGUCAGAGACCUGUGUUAGUUCAUUCAGCUGUAACGCAUACAUCAAUCUGUGGCUCAGUGAUCCUCACCCUCAGAUAGAGGAUGGAGUGGUGAUCAGGGAUGUCUGUGCUGGGACUCCUUUGAGUGGCUGCUGUGAAUACAAGACAAGACCCAUCAGAGUGAAAGCUUGUCCAGGCAAUUACUAUGUCUAUGAACUCGUGAAUCCACAAUCCUCCUGUUCAGGAUACUGCAUAGAUGUCAGCACUAUUUCACAAGCAGUUUCCACUGUGGGUCCAGAUAUAUUCACUGGAUCCAGCAUCACCUUGAAUUAUGAUCCGUGCAAUAACUACAACAUACUCGACAACCACUGGAGAAACACACUCAAUUACUGGUCUAUGUAUGGAUACAUAUCUGAUCAUGAUGACACUCGUGUAGAAUGGGAUGGCUGGUAUCGACUCUUCAUUAAUGACUUGAGUGCUCAGAUGCCUGACUGGUGUAUGUCUUUCUUGUCAUGUGGAGGUUUUAGUUCUCUGUAUCUUGGUGACUCUCAUCCUCAGCUAGAAGAUGGAGUUGUUACUCGUGAAGUUUAUGGCUCUCAUCAUGAUCAGUGCAGUCGCUACAGAUCUGACCCAAUCCAAGUCAAAGCUUGUCCUGGAAAUUAUUAUGUCUACAAGUUUACCAGGCCAGCUCUAUCAAUCCCAGCUCCUGUUUAUUGUGCAGUACCUUUCUCCACUCCAAGUGUCGACCCCUGCUACAUCUAUACUAGUCUGGAUGAGCCUUGGAGAUCCACUAAUAACUCUUACUAUAAUCACUAUAACUACUUCGUGUGUGACUAUAAUGUGCAGUGGAAUGGCUGGUACAGGCUGUUCUACGAUGGUCAAAAUACUCAGAUGCCAGAUUCAUGUGUUAAUCAGUACAUGUGUGGCACUUAUUACCCAAUGUGGCUCAACGGCCCUCACCCACAGCUGGAAGAUGGAGUGGUCACCCGUCAGGUCUGUGUCUCCUCAUGGAAUGGCUGCUGUACUUAUGUUUCCCACCCUAUAAGAGUCAAAGCCUGUUCAGGAGAUUACUAUGUUUAUGAGUUUGUCAAGCCAUUAGCUUGCGGAGCUUACUGUAUAGAAGCCUCAAACCAGUCCAUCUCAUCAGCGUCUACAACAACAGAGACAAUCCCAUCCACAGAAUCCAUUACUCCAUCAAUCACAAACACUGUUGCAAGCAGCAUAAACCCUACUACUGUUAUAGCAGAUACAAGCACAGUCCAAACCAUGGAAACUACAGCCAUGGACAUUACAACUGAAACAUCAAGUCAGUCCAUCUCAUCAGCGUCUACAACAACAGAGACAAUACCAUCCACUGAAUCCAUUACUCCACCAAUCACAAACACUGCUCCCCCUGUUGACCCUUGCUAUAACUACAUUGUCCUGGAUGAUCCAUGGAGAGCCACCAACAAUCAACAUUCCCCUCAACUAAUGUGUGACUAUAGGGUCAGCUGGAAUGGCUGGUAUCGUCUCUUCAUUCAGGGUCAGAGCGUUCAGAUGCCAGACACAUGUGUUGAUCAGUAUAGUUGUGGCACUCAUGCUCCACUGUGGCUGAACGGAGGACAUCCAACAGUUGAGGAAGGAGUGGUCACUCGAGAUGUCUGCGGUCACUGGAGCAAUAACUGCUGCCUUUUCCAAUCCAAUCCCAUUAAAGUCAAAGCCUGUCCAGGAGAUUAUUAUGUCUAUGAGUUUGUACGCCCAAAUGGUUGCUAUUUGGCAUACUGUGCAGAUUCAAGCAACAUAAACACUACCACUACUACUGUCACACCAGAGACAACCAAAGCUGAAACUACAACAACAGAAACUACAUCCAUGGACACUACGAUUGACAAUGGCAUUGAUAUUAUGAGCCGAUUUUAUCCAUUUAGAGUUGGAGACACAGUGAUUGAACGCUUUGAUGAUGGAAGUUCAUCAGUUAUAUACCUCCAGCAGCCGUUUAUAUUUUUUGGGCAAUCAUACAACCAAAUUUAUGUUAACAACAAUGGACACUUGACUUUUGACAGUGCAUGGUCCAGCUUCUCUCCAUAUCAGUUCCCAGCUUAUGGAGGGAAAGACCUCAUUGCUCCAUUCUGGACAGAUAUUAACAACGGUUGGAAUGGUGUUAUCUCAUAUCAACAGUACACCUCUGGCAGUGUCCUUACACAGGCGACCCAAGACAUAAACCAAUACUUCCCUGACUUGAGUUUCUCUGCUUCAUGUGUCUUUGUUGCAACAUGGGAUAGAGUUGGAUACUACUACAAUUCAGGAACAGAAACAUCUUUCCAAGUGGUUUUGAUUUCAAAUGGCCAUCUCUCAUUUGUUGUAAUGAACUUUGGUGCAAUCGCUCCAACGCAACAAUAUGUACAGGCUGGUUAUGACACCAUCAACUCGAGUCACCAUUUCUCAAUUACUGGAUCACUCCAGAAUGACAUCACAGCCCUACCAUACAGCAGCAAUGUCAAUGUGCCAGGCAGAUGGGCCUUCAGAACAGAUCAUGGAACACGAGGCUGUCAAUUUAAUGGUUUUCCAGUGCAGCUGGGAGACUCCUUCUGGAGUGAUAUCAACUGUCAGCAGAGAUGCACCUGUACCAGAGCAGGCCUCCAGUGCAGCUUUGAGACCUGUACUUUUUCCCAAGCUUGUCGUCCAGCUGCUUUCCAAUACUCUUGUCAGAAUAUUCAGCGGCAAACGUGCACCAUCUCCGGUGAUCCUCAUUACUACACCUUUGACAAUCAGAUAUUUCACUUUCAAGGAACCUGCACAUAUGUUCUGUCUGAGGCUUGUGGAAAUGGUUUGCCGUACUAUCGCAUUGAAGGCAAAAAUGAGCAUCGGGGUAGUACACAUGUGUCAUGGACUAGGAUAGUCAGAGUAUUUGUCUAUAAUGAAGAAAUUGAACUGGUCAAAGAUCACCAUUAUGAGGCAAAGGUCAAUGGGACCUUUCUAGCAACGCCAUUUACCCUCCACAAUGGCUCCAUCCAAGUGUAUCAGUCAGGUUUUUCCGUGGCCAUCAGCACAGAUUUUGGUCUCCUAGUGACCUAUGAUGCGUAUAGCUAUGUCACCAUCUCUGUACCUUAUGACUACCAGAAUGCCACAUGUGGUCUGUGUGGGAACUAUAACCUACAUCCUGAAGAUGACUUCCGUUCAAUCUCUGGGGAGAUCUUGAGCUCAGAUGUUGAAUUUGCCAACUCUUGGAAGGUAGAGGGCGACACAGAUCCUGAAUGCCAUGAUGUCAGAUGCACAGGCCUUGCUUGUGCGGUUUGUACCAGCAGUGAAAUGAGCCUUUACAGUGACACAAACCACUGUGGAAUCCUAGGAGAUGUUUCAGGGCCUUUUGCAUCUUGCCACUCUGUGUUUUCACCACAGACCUACAUAGAGAACUGUGUCUAUGAUCUUUGCUUAGGAGGAGGGUACCAGCCUAUUCUGUGCCAGGCUCUCAAUGUGUAUUCUGCUCAAUGCCAACAGCAGGGUGUACAACUAGGGCAGUGGAGACAACCAGACUUUUGUGAAAUCAUAUGCCCUGAACACAGUCAUUUUGAGUCCCACGGACCAGGCUGCCCUGCAACUUGCAGCAACCCAUCUGCCCCAAUAAACUGUCCCUUGCCCAGUAAGGAGAGCUGUAUUUGUGAUGAUGGGAACAUCCUCAGUGCUGGGCAAUGUGUGCCUGAAGUGAACUGUGGCUGCACAUUUGAGGGCUUCUAUUACUCUGAGGGACAGUCAGUAGUAUUGGAUGAGGACUGUGAGAGACAGUGUGUUUGCAGUAGCAGGUCAGUGGUCUGCUAUCAGCACCAGUGUGGUCCAGCAGAGGUGUGUGGACUCCAUAAUGGUGUGAGGGGCUGCAGACCCAUCAGUUAUGCUACCUGUUCGGUUGAAAGCCUGGGUUCAUACCACACCUUUGAUGGACAAACUUUCAGAUACCCUGGAGCUUGUGGACUGACCCUUGCCAGAGUGAUGGGGCCAUCCCAACUACCAUACUUUGUUUUGACAGUGGAGAAAAUACCCAGAGGCCUUCAAGGCUUUUCCAGGUUCCUGAAGUUUGAGGCAGGAGGAACUCAUGUUUCCAUUGAGUUGGGAGAAGGUAGCAAUUUACAGGUGGAUGGACAGGUGGUUAGUCUACCCAUCAGUGUUGGUUCCAGUCAGAUCCGCAUCUAUCACAGCAGUGUGAGGGGUUUUGUUUUGGAGACGAACUUUGGAGUGACGAUUAGAGCUGACUGGCCGCACAUUGUCCGAAUCACAGCUCCAACCACUUACAACGGUACACUUGGAGGUCUGUGUGGAAACUUGAAUGGAAACAUUAUUGAUGAAUUCUAUAGCCCAGAUGGUGUCCUGCUGGAUGACUCGCAGCUUUUUGCGGACAGCUGGCGUGACGGAUCCCUGUCAGCCCACUGUGAGGACCCAGCUGACAUUUUGGAACCAGGACUUAAUCAGAAUAGGAGUGAGUUCAGUGAGCGCUGCAGCAUCAUGGCAAUGAAUGAUGGACCAUUUGCUCAGUGCAGCAGAACACUAGACCCUUGGCAAAGAAUUGAAGACUGCAUUCAGAUGCUGGAGCAGACGGACGGUGCCAGGGAGGCUCUAUGUGAAGCCCUGCGAGGGUACACACUGCACUGCCAACAGAAUGGCAUUGCAGUUGGAGAGUGGAGGAGUAUCACCCACUGUGAUCCCAACUGUCCAGCAAAUACACAUUUUGAACUGUGUGGCACAUCCUGUCCGGCGUCCUGCCCUAGCCUCUCAUUUCCCUUCCAGUGUGCUUUGCCAUGCCAGGGGGGAUGCCAGUGCAAUGAUGGACUAGUGCUGGAUGGAGAUCGCUGUGUUCCCCCCACUGGUUGCGGCUGCCACUAUGAUGGCCGUUAUCGGCAGCCUGGAGAACAGUUCUGGCAUGGUGAAGAGUGCCAGUCCCUGUGUGUCUGUGAUGGAAUCACUGGAAAUGUCCGUUGCACACCAUCAUCUUGCAGUGAACAGGAAAUCUGUCGUGUGGUGGAUGGAGAGUUUGGCUGCCAUUCUCGUCCACAUGGUAAAUGUUCUGCUUCUGGAGAUCCCCAUUAUAUCUCCUUUGAUAGAACCUACUUUGACUUUCAAGGUACAUGCCGAUAUGUGCUGGCCACAGUGUGUAAUGACACUCAUGGACUACCACACUUCCAGGUGGAAGCAAGAAAUGAAGCAUGGAAUGGAUGGCCUGUGUCAAUAACUGUUGAAGUUUUUGUCAACGUCUCAGGGCAUCUUGUGCACAUGUCACGGGACAUGAACAGUUAUUCUGCUGUUGAUGAAGAGACCAGAAACCUCCCUAUCUAUCUUGACUCUGGUCGGGUGUUUGUCUACUCCACAGGACAGUUUAUAUAUGUCUCAACUGACUUUGGUUUCAGUGUCAGUUAUGGUGGUUCCUGGGAGGUAAACAUUGUUGUGCCAGCAGAAUACAAUGGAGUUAUGUGUGGCAUCUGUGGCAACUUUAAUGGCCAUCCUGAGGAUGACUUCCUCACUCUGUCAGGUUCUCUGGCACCGUCAGCAGACCUUUUUGGGGCAGCAUGGAAGGUUGAGGACAACAUCACAUGCAAUGACCGUGGGGACAGCAAUCCUGGCCAUUGCCAAGAUGAGAGCACAACUCUGAUCUCACAAGCCUUGUGUCAGAUCAUCAGAGACAACCAGGGCCCCUUUAGCUUCUGCCAUGGUUCUGUAGUUCCACAGGCCUACUUUGAUAACUGUGUCUUUGAUGUGUGCAUCUCUGGGAACCGUAAUGAUGUUUUGUGUCACUCUAUCCAAUCCUAUGUGAGUGCUUGUCAAUCUGUCAAUGCCAUGGUCUACCCCUGGAGAGAACUUGCAUCCUGUGUCAUGGACUGCUCAUCAAACACCCCAAACAGUCAUUAUGAGGUGUGUGGCACAGACUGUGGUCAUACAUGCGCCAGCAGCAUCGAUGCUAGUUGUGAACACACAUGCUCAGAAGGUUGUUUCUGUGAUGAGGGAUUUGUGAGGAGUGGAGGACUCUGUGUACCAGUGGAGCAAUGUGGCUGCUUGUAUGAUGGAUUCUACUAUCAUAUUGGUGAACAGUUCUGGGAUUCAACAUGUUCCCAGCGUUGCCAGUGUUUUGCUCCGAAUGAUCUGCGCUGCACUGCAUCUUUCUGCCCAGUGGCCAUGGAGUGUGCGGUCAGAAAUGGACAUCGUGAUUGCUAUAGUACAAUGUCCACGUGCACAGUCUGGGGUGACCCCCACUACAUCACCUUUGAUGGGACUGUGGCCCACUUUCAGGGAACGUGUUCGUAUGAGAUUGCCCAGACCUGCGGAAAUGUUACAGACAGUGAUCUGGGGUUCCGUGUGGUGGCCACCAACAGGCACCGGGGGAACAUGGUAGUGUCAUUUGUUUCUGCAGUGGAUGUUUGGUUGUCACAACAUGGACAACAGACACACAUUACUAUUGGGCAGAACAGAAGAGUUAAAGUUGAUGGAAAUCCUAUUGACACACCAGUUUAUCAAAUCAAUGAUCUUGUAGGGCUACAUGAGGAGCAAGGAUUUGUAAUUCUAAAUGCACUGAAUGAAUUCAUUGUCCAUUUUGAUGGACAUAACAGCCUUCUAGUCAGGGUGAGCAAAAGAUUCUAUGGAUCUCUAUGUGGAAUGUGUGGAAAUUUCAAUGGUAAUCCUGUGGAUGACAAAGUGCUGCCCAGUGGAGAACUCGCUUCUGAUGACAUUUCCUUUGGCCACAGCUGGAGAUCAGACACCAGCAUUCCAGGCUGUGGUAUCAGAGACCAGCCCGGUAAUGCUGAUGAGUGUCCAUCCAGGCAGAGGUAUUCUGAUCUCUGUAGUAUUAUCACUAACACCACUGGCCCCUUCCAGAACUGCCAUCUUCAUGUUGACCCUGCACCUUAUUACUACUCUUGUGUGUAUGAUCUGUGUCUCUACGCACGUACCAAUGGCAUGCUAUGUUCAGCUGUUGAAGCCUAUGAAACAGCUUGUGCCAUCUUGGGGACACAGAUCUCAGAAUGGCGCUCGGGUCUGCGGUGUGAUGUAAGAGAUCGCUGUUCUGAACUCCGCUGCUCUGAGAAUGAAUGGUGUGGGAAGAAAAAUGGUGUUUAUGGCUGUUUGUGUGACGAUGAUCAACCCAAACCAGAACCUGACACUUUUGAUUCCUUAGAAACCUGUGAAAGCAGCUCUGGCUCCAUGUCUGUGUCUCGCUGUCAGCUCUUUGAGGCUGGUUUUCAAGCUGAUGUCUUACACCUCAAUGAUCCCAGCUGCAAAGGAACGGUCCGGAAUGGCAGAGUGGAAUUCCAUUUUGAUAAUGAUGGACACAUCUGUGGUACAAAUCUUGUGGCUAACGGCACCCACUUCAUCUAUGAUAACUUUAUUCUGGGGACACCGAGGUCAGAAGGUCUCAUCAGCAGAGAGAAAAUCCUGAAGCUUUCUUUCAGCUGUGUUUAUCUUCAAACACAAACACUUUCCAUGAAUGUGGAAAUCAACCCACUGGAGAGCAUUGUGCACAAGACUCUUCCCGCUGGUGAAGGCAGAUAUCAGGUUCGGAUGAUUGCAUAUCAGGAUAAUGAGUUUACCCGGCCCUUCACUGGUGCAGUGGAUGCAGAGCUCGACCAGGAGAUGCAUGUCGAAGUUCGUGUUGAGGGGGUCGACAGCCACCAGUUUGCCCUGGUGAUGGACACGUGUUGGGCUACACCUGUGAAUGAUCCUGAUUACAGCCUCCGCUGGGAUCUCAUUGUUUCAGAGUGUCCCAAUCCAAAUGACGACACAGUGGAGCUGCUGCAGAACGGCGUCUCGACAUCCAGCCGUUUCUCCUUCAGGAUGUUCAUCUUCACUGCAAACUCCACUAAGCUUUACCUGCACUGUGCUGUUCACCUUUGCCUUCUGUCAAGCAAUCGCUGCUCAAUGGACUGUGACUCUGGACACCAGUGGAGAGAGCGCAGGUCUCUGGACUUCCAUGACAGUGCUUCCAUAUCCAUGGGUCCUCUGAUGUUGUCUGGAGGGAACACAGAUAAGUGGGUUCCAGACCAAGUGAAGGUAUCUGAGGCUUCUUGUCUGUGUGGUUCUCUGAUGGUGUUUCUUGUUCCUCUGAUGAGUGUCCUGACACACUUUUAGUUUAUUUCCACAACGUUUUACAUGCAUAUUGUUUAUGCCAUUUUAAUUAAUGUUGAACAAAAUGUUGAUGCCACAGUGGUUGUGGGUUUCUAAACGUUUCUUUAUUUCAUAACUGAUAUUUUAUGUGGCAUAAAAAUGAAUUAUUUAAUCAUUUACUUUAAUUUUUAUAUAUUACAUUUAUUUUGUACUAUUUGCAAGGAUUUGCUACAAUAACAAUGACCAUCACAUUUAUUCAAAUCAUGCAAAAACAUAACUGGGUCAUUCCUAUUCUGUGGAAAUCUGAUAUUAUAAUCAUAGAAAUCUAACUAAUAUGAUUUUCUUUUCUUAAAAAUUGUGCUGUAAUAUUUUAUUCAAGUAUUUAGUAUAAGGCAUGUAUGAAAAAUAUGUAAAAGAUCCAAAAUGAGGA